GCGCACCUGCUCCCGUCUGGCAGCGCAGCGCGCGAUCCGACGCUUUUCCUGGUGACGGGGGGCUACCUGCGCGGGGGCUACCACGAGGAGAGCCCGGACUGGUCGCUGGGCAUCGUGUUCGCCAAGCCUGCCUUCGCCCCCGCGCCUCGGAGCGGCAGUGGCGGCGGGCUCUCGGAGGAUGUGAGCGCUGGAACCCCUGCACUUCCUCUGCAGCGGGCUGGCCAAG